AUGUCGAACAGCAACUACCAACUCAGCGAGGUCUUUGAUGUCAAGGGCAAGGUCGCCUUGGUCACCGGCGGUGGCUCUGGCAUUGGCUUGAUGGCCACCCAAGCCCUUGCUAUCAACGGAGCCAAGGUCUACAUCGUCGGCCGUACUGAGGACAAGCUCAAGACGGUCCAGCAGACCUACGGCAAGGACAUUUCUGGUGAAAUCAUCCCCAUCGUUGGCGAUGUCACCAAGAAGAGCGAGAUUGAGAAGCUCGCCAAGGAGAUCGAGUCCAAGGAGGGCUACCUUGACAUUCUUGUCAACAGUACGUCAACAUCUCACUCUUCAGAUACAUCUCAGCUAAUCAUCCAUCAGNACGCCGGCAUUGCCACUGGCAAGCUCACUCCUGAUGGCAAGAACGCUGACGAGAUGAAGAAGAACCUCUUCGACGAGGACUCCUUCGAGGACUGGAGUAACAUCUACACUACAAACGUCAUUGCUCCUUACUUCCUCAGUACUGCCUUCCUGCCUCUCAUCCAGAAGGCUACCGAGCGCACACACGGCUGGAGUGGUACCAUCAUCAACAUUACCUCCAUCUCCGGUCUCGUCCGCAUCUCCCAAGGCCACUUCAACUACAACGCCUCUAAGGGUGCUAUCGUUCACCUCAACAAGAUGCUUUCGGCUGAGAUUCAGAGCAGCGGUCUCAAGAUCCGUGUCAACGGUAUUGCUCCUGGUGUCUUCCCUUCAGAAAUGACCACUGGUGAGAGCAAGGACGACCAGAAGAGUGAACUUCCCAAGGAACACAAGGAAGGUCUGCCUUCGCAGAGACCCGGCAAGGACAAGGACAUGGCUGCUGCUAUCUUGUUCGCCGCAAGCUGCCAGUACUUGAACGGACAGAACAUCCCCGUUGAUGGUGGCUACCUGAUCCAGACCGGUACCUAA